GGACAAUCAUUGACGCACAUCGACCCCUGUACAAGGAUCUAUGUAGGUGACGACGCGCUAUCAGUUUUGGGCGCCGUUGCGCGAAGACGAGAUGGCCGGAAGGUAUGCGUCCUCCCGGCCCGCGGCAUUAUGCCGCCCGAACCUCAGCGACGCUGCCGACGAUAUGUACGUAGACCUUCCGGCAGACCACACUACGGUGACGAGUGUGAUUCCCAAAUCCUGCGUCGGUGCGUAUAUAAGGAGGAUGCGUCAAGGUAGGCUGGUGGACACAACUCACAGUUAGUCCUUUCUACCAGUACACCCAGCCAAAAAUGUCUAGCAAGGCUUACCCGACUCGCAAACUCGGUCAGAAUGGGCCCCUCGUCAGCGCCGUCGGAUUCGGUGCUAUGGGCAUCGGUGCCUGGUACGGUCAGACCGAUAGCGAGAAAGUGAUCAAGACUCUCACUUAUGCGGCUGACCGUGGCGUUACCUUCUGGGACACGGCAGACGUCUACGGGAACAGCGAGGACACGAUUGGGCAGUGGUUCACCACGACCGGUCGCCGUUCGGAGAUCUUCCUAGCGACCAAGUUCGGGUCGGUAGACAAGAGACUGCUGGAGAAGCAGAUCUACAAGCCAAACAGCAAGCCCGCAUAUAUCCGGCAGCAACUUGGAGAGUCGUUGAAGAACUUGCAGACGGACACGAUCGACCUCUAUUACCAGCAUCGUGUCGACCCUGAGGUACCCAUCGAAGUCGUGAUGGAGACUCUGGGCGAGUUUGUCAAGGCCGGCAAGAUCAAGUACAUCGGGCUGAGCGAGUGCAGCAUUGAUGUUCUGCGCCGCGCUAAGGCCGUUCCCGUGGCAGGCGAGAAGCUGGUCGCGUGUCAGAUGGAGUUCAGCCCUUUCGAACUCGAGAUCGAGAAGUCGGGCUUCGUUUCCGCUGCUCGCGAGCUAGGUGUAGCGGUUGUAGCGUACUCCCCACUAGGUAGGGGUAUGAUCACUGGACGGUUCAAAUCGCGGGCAGACUUCGAGCCUACAGACCUCCGUCAAAUGAUGCCGCGCUUCGCAGAGGAGAACUUUCCCAAGAGCCUCGAGGUCGUCGACAAGUUCCGUGCAAUCGCAUCGAAGUAUGACGCCACGCCCGGCCAGAUCGCACUCGCAUGGAUCCUCGCCGAGCACCCGGACUUCGUUCCCAUUCCUGGGACUCGUACGGUGGAGCGGCUUGAGGAGAACGCGAAGGCGGCUGAGAUCACGCUGAGCAGCGAGGACGUGAAAGCGCUGAAGGCGGUGGUCGAGGGUGCUGACGUGCGGGGCGGGCGGUUCCCGGAGCAGUUCGCGAGCUUGAUGAACACAGAGUGUAUCCCUCUCAGCGAGUGGAAGGGCGAAUAGGCUGCGGCGCCUAAUUGGUGCACCUUCUGCCAACGAAGCUACGCUGUAUAUGUGCACCCGAGUCAAUAACCAUGAAAUGACAAUGACAAUGUACUCACUAGUAAUCGUCGAGAUUUCUUGACCGACCCUGGCCACUGACAGUUCUGCUGUUUUGCUGAGCUGCGUUAUGGGUCUGAUAGAGCGACACAGUAUUGAUCUGAGAUCUUGGGCUCACUCGCGAUCGGGCGUUGCCUCACACUACACCCAACCA